AUGACAUUUGGAGAACACAAUCCAACUGAGGAAGAUCUUGUGGAUAGGCUUGAUGAAAUUGUAACAUAUUUGCAAUCCUACCCUCCUGAUGUCAGGCUGAAGGCCAUGCAUGGCUCUUAUGGGGAAACCCCAAACCCUAUCACCCUUCCUCACUACUGUCUUAUGUAUCAGAUGCCUUGGCAAGCAGUGUCUAUUCAGGAAAGGCAACACUUGCCUCUUGAAUUUUCACUAAAUGCUGAUAUCUGUGAGCUGAUUCAGAAAUGUGACACUGAUGAAAGCCAGAGUCUGGACAGUCUCAUCUACUUCCUCCUCAAAGUAGUUAUUAUUCAUGAGCUUGCUCAUGUAGUGAUGUAUACCUUUGUCUCCCAGGACACCCCUCAGAGAUUUCAUGGAAAUGGGCCCCUAGAGGCCAAUGCUGCAAGAGGUGAAGCAGGGGACAGUAUGGAGAUGGAGAUGAUUGGAGGGGAAGUGAAUCUGGCGAUCCCAUCUGAUUAUACCAUCCAAACAAUCAACCCCUCAGACCUUAUCAUAGUGGUGAGAAUGACAAGGGGAAAUGAGGAGUGUAAAAUUCUCAAUGUAAAUACUUCCAAUCUCACUGACAUUGCAUCUGGCAACUGGAGUCACAUUCACAAUUUACCAACGCAACCUUUCCCAAAUGACUUUCAGGACACAAAGCUAAAAUCUAAACUGCCUUCACUCCCAGCACCUUCAUCUUCCCACCAUUUGUGCAGUUAUAUAAUCUGGGAGCCUUGGUCAGAUCCAAAUAUUCCUGGGGUAAAGCGUUGA